GGUGUGUCAAAGGCGUUUCUUGUCUGUGGUUGAAGGGUGUUGCUCGAUAUGGAAGUUUCAUGAGUUUUGUCUUUGCUGAGUUGCUAAGGACUACUACAGGUGUAUAACAGGAAGAAGAGGUGCCCUUAUCUCUCCUUUAGGCGCGUAAAUCCCCUCUCAAAUGAGGUGGUCAGGACUACACAGCGGUAUUAUACUAAGGAUCCUCAAAAGAAACAGAAAUGUGACGAGAAAAGCUCACCCGACCCUUCUUUCUCACCUCUCUCGACCUCUGAGCACCUCUUCCACUCUCUAUGCUACCAAGGGACCGGAUUUUGAUGACACCAGCCUCUCUUAUGGCGGUAAAUCCAUGAGACAGCUCCUCAGAGCAUUCCUCGUCUAUCAACUCUUCUCCUUCAACAGCAUUGUGGACUCAAGCGAGAGGCUGUUGAAAGUCGCUAAAAAGAUACUUGGGCAGUCUUUAUUCAGGAAACUCAUGAAGUGGACGAUAUAUGGGCAGUUUGUCGCCGGAGAGGAUUUGAAAACACUCCAGCCGGCAAUGAAGCACCUACAGAGCCGAGGGGUUCGAUCAAUACUUGACUACGCCGUGGAGGACGAUGUACAGAACAGCGAAGUGUACAUGGAAGUCAGACAUAAAGCUAAGCCUCCUUCAGACAUCCUUCACGUAACAACUGGUAAUGAAUAAUAAUAAUAAUAAUAAU